UCCAUAGAGGAGAAAUAUUAAAUUGUUGUCCAGAACGUCGUUCCUUCCUAAUACGGGAUACUCCGGCCACUAAAUCCGUCAUAUUUGUGUCUCUCUCGACGUAUUUCUACCACUCUCCCUCCCACCUACAGUAUGUCCACCUCCAUACUCUCUUCCACCGACGAAGCGCACGUCUCUCAGACCUGCAAAGCCUACUCUCUUGAGUCGACCCAGUUCCACGCACUCCACUCACGCAGCGCAGGUGCCAAAGCUACUGCAUACUGCCCCUACUCUCAAUUCCGCGUCGGGGCCUCGAUUCUCACAGACGACGGCCAAUAUAUCGAUGGCGCGAAUGUAGAGAAUGCCUCAUAUCCAGUUGGAACAUGUGCUGAGCGAGUGGCGUUUGGGAAAGCUAUAACGGAGGGGCACAAGAAGUUCAAGGCGAUUGCAGUCGCAACAGACAUCAGCCCGCCAGCCAGCCCAUGCGGGAUGUGUAGGCAGUUUAUCCGCGAGUUCUGCGAGCUUCAGACUCCUAUCAUCAUGUUUGAUAAAGAUGGCAAUUUUGUGGUCAUGAGACUGGAGCAGUUGCUUCCACUCUCAUUCGGUCCAGAAGCACUCCCACGUCCAGGAUCGCUGCCAGCGCGAGGCUGAUAUUCAUAUCUGCUAUGAUUUACAUGUGAAAUGGGGCUAUACAGGUGGGCAUAUGGAAUUUAUCCGGCGUACAGAGAGGCUAUGAGCGAUCAGAUCUUAUUGGGGGAACGGGGAGGGUUUCAUAGAGGUGCAUUUCCACCCUGCAUUAAGACCACCAUUUGACGAAUCAACGACUAUCUUUACCAUCC